UCCCGCCGACCGAUAAUAGUUGUAUAUCACAGACGGUUGUGUGUCACGCUAAGGUAGGAUUCAGUGUGAGUUCUAGUUUAGAUCACACACACCGUAGCUCAUGAGUGAAGACAAUAGUGAGGAGGAGCAAAGGCUAGUGCAACCCAUUAGGAUCACACGGAGAGCCGCUCUUAGUCAACCUUUGACUUUCUUGGAGUUAGGUCCAGGAGAGGAGAGGAGACUACGAAGGGAAGCUAGGGAGAGAGCAGCGGCGAGGAGGAAUAGGGACGCAGCAGCCAGCCUAGCGGCUGCAAUGGCUACCGCCUCUUCGACAUCGCAGUCCAGCUCCCAGUCUUCUUCGUCAGGGUCUGGACAAGGUGGAUCGGGUACAGUUAGUCAAUCUGUUGGCUUGCAAGUCAGUCAAGAGGCUCUGCUCACACCUGAGGACAUAGAAAUCCAAAAAGCAGAAGAACUUCAGAAUGAGUUACGGCGGCAGUUGGACGAAGCAUCAGAGAGGAGAAGAAAAGCAAUCAUGAGAAAAGCCAGAUUAGAGAGUACGAUGGAGGCACUAGGCAGACUAGAGGACCUAGAUGAGGCGGCAUUAGAGCCUGUUGGACGCGUGUUGCGUACUGCUGUCCUAUCUAAAGCAGAAGCGCAGACAGUUCAACAAAAACUGUUGAUUGAUCUAGUGGCAGGCCAGAAACAAAUUCUGGAUGCACUCCAGGCUCCUCGUCCAGUGAUGAGGCAGCCGCAAUUUGCUGUAGUUCCCCCUGCAGGCGGGGGUCCUUCAAUGAUGCCACGACCCAUGGGACAAACCUUUUCUCCAAUGUUUGGCAUGCCCCCUCCAGGUGGUUUAACAGCAACUAGCGGUCCGGUUCAAAGAGUUCUCCUUACGGAUUACCUAAGGUGCCUACCUGCAGAGGUAAGGACCAAGCUGAUUGAUGAGGCCUAUGUCGAACAGCACACCUUCGCUUCUUUUAGUAAGAAAGCUCUGGACAUAGAGGCAAAGUUGGGGUCUGCGCAUAAGGCCUCUCAUGAUGGUAGGAAGAGACUACCCCAAGACUGGAAGAAGAAGGGUCAGUUAAUGUUCGUUAACCAUGAUGGUCAAACGACUGAGAUUGACGAUUUCCCAGACCUUGGGGAGUUGACAGAGCAGGAUGGGGCUAGUUACACUUCAGAUGGUGGAGUCGUGGCACCCAUCAAAGAAAAGGCUAGGGGGAUCGGGAAGAAGAAGGUAGGACGGUCCACGGGUCAGGGAGACCAAGGGACACCCGCAUGGGUAAAGCUUGCUUUGGAUUACGAGGUGUGGAGAGACCGAGUUGCCAGGGGCACAUGCAUGAACUGUGGCAACUAUGGCCACACGUCCAGGACUUGCCGCGGCAAGAAGGUCACCACGAAGGUGAAGAAAUGUUACGAAAUGGCAGCACAGUAUUCGCUGAGUCUCUGCUCUGAGCAUCUGGCAAAACUGGUAUCAUUCAUGGAGACAUUGUCAGCAUCCGAAGCAAUUGUGACAGCAAGCGCGUUCUCCCACAUGCUCAAUCUUGAGAAUAUUGCUGAGGAGGUUCAGAUGGUUCUCCAGCAAAAAUCCAAUGUGAAGACUGGUGGUCUUGGCGAUGAAGAGAAUGUGCUCACAGAGUCAAACUUCACGGAGACUCUUGCAAAACUCGUCAAGCUUGGCAAGUCCCCAGAUGAGAUUUUCUCAGCACUGAAGCAACAGUCUGUGGAUCUUGUGCUGACCGCCCACCCAACGCAGUCAAUCCGACGGUCCAUUCUUGCAAAGCAUCAGAAGAUCAAAGCUACUCUCCUUCGGUUGCAUGAAGAUUCAACAUUAAGGCCAAACGAUCUCAAGGAAAUCCGCGAGGAAUUGAGGCGAAAUAUUCAAGCCGCUUGGCGCACAGAUGAGAUACGACGGAUACAGCCAACUCCACAAGAUGAGAUGCGGGCAGGAAUGAGCUAUAUUCAUGAGACGAUCUGGGAUGGCGUUCCCCGCUUUCUCCGGCGUAUUGACACUGCACUGAGGACCAUUGGAAUUCAGGAGCGUCUGCCAUACAAUGCACCCAUACUGCAGCUCAGCAGUUGGAUGGGUGGUGAUCGAGAUGGAAACCCACGUGUGACUGCUGCUGUCACCCGAGAUGUAUGCUUGCUCUCGAGGUUGAUGGCUGCUAACCUCUAUUAUUCACAGAUUGAAAAGCUCAUGUUUGAGUUGUCCAUGUGGAGGUGCAGUAAUGAGCUUCGCAAAGCGGCAUCCAAGGUAGCUGAGCAUGGAUUACAAAGGGAGUCAGUAAAACAUUAUCAAGAGUUUUGGAGUGUUAUUCCUCCCAGUGAGCCAUAUCGAUUGCUGCUGAGUUCUGUCAGGGACAAGUUGUUCAAUACUCGCGAGCGCCUCAUGCAUAUUCUGCAGACGGGAUUCUCUUACGUUUCUGAGGAGGACACUAUCCAUUCAAAAGAAGAGCUCAUGGCGCCGCUGGAGAUUUGCUAUCGAUCGCUGUGUGAGACAGGUGACAAAGCAGUUGCUGAUGGUCGACUGCUGGACUUAAUGCGCCAAGUCACCUGUUUCGGCCUCCCUUUGGUGAAGCUCGACAUCAGACAGGAGUCGGAACGGCACACUGAAGUCAUUGAUUGCGUUACCACCUACUUAGGAAUUGGUUCAUAUAAGAACUGGUCUGAAGAGGAGCGGCAGGCAUUCCUGGUCAAGGAACUCAAGGGUAAACGGCCCCUCUUUGGUGCCGAUCUUCCUUGCAAUGCAGAUGUUAGAGAGGUGCUUGACACGUUCCGAGUGAUUGCAGAACUUCCAUCGGACUCAUUUGCCGCAUAUGUGAUUUCCAUGUCAUCAGUCCCGUCUGAUGUGCUUGGCGUCCAUCUCCUCCAGCGGGAGUGUGGAGUGCAGACCCCUCUGAGGGUAGUGCCACUGUACGAGCGUCUCCAAGACCUCGUCAAUGCACCGAAGACGAUUGAACGGCUGUUCUCUAACGAGUGGUAUCAUAAGAUGAUCAACGGGCGGCAGGAGGUCAUGAUUGGUUACUCCGAUUCUGGAAAGGAUGCCGGAAGGCUGUCGGCGGCGUGGGCGUUGUUCAAAGCCCAAGAGGAAAUCGUUAAGGUUGCAGAGAAGUACAAUGUCAAGGUGACUCUCUUCCAUGGCAGGGGAGGAACAAUCGGACGAGGUGGCGGUCCCACUCAUCUUGCCAUUCUGUCCCAGCCUCCGGGUACAGUGAAUGGGUCAUUACGCAUCACCAUACAAGGUGAAAUCAUUGCCCAAUCGUUUGGAGAAGCGCACCUCUGUUUCCGGACGUUAGAACGCUUCACAGCAGCCACAUUGGAGGUCGGACUUAACCCGCCGAGGCCUCCAAACCCUUUGUGGAGGAACCUGAUGGAAAAUAUGUCCAGCACUGCCACUAACGAGUUCCGCUCGACGCUAUCAGGCCCAAAGUUCAUCGAUUACUUCCAGUCGGUGACGCCGGUUCUGGAGUACGGGCGGAUGAACAUUGGCAGCCGUCCGUCAAAGCGUAGCACUCAAGGAGGGAUAACUUCUCUGAGAGCAAUUCCUUGGGUGUUUGCAUGGACUCAAACCAGAGUUCACUUGCCGGUGUGGUUAGGAGUGGGUACGGCUAUUGAGCGUCUGCUCGAGGAAGAUCCCAGCAAUCUGGAGGUCCUGCGUCAGAUGCACCGUGAGUGGCCGUUCUUCCGUGUGACACUUGAUCUUAUUGAAAUGGUCUUCGCGAAGGGAGACAUUCGUAUUGGAGAACUGUACGACUCCUUGCUGGUAUCUGAUGAGUACCGGGCCUUCGGCGAAGAAUUACGCAGAAACUACAUGAAAACCAGACGCCUUAUCUUGGAGGUUGCGAGCCACAGGCAAACACUCGACAAUAACCCGGCAGUGAAGCAGAAUAUCAUCGUCAGGCAGCCGUUGAUGACGCCUUUGAACUUGCAGCAGGCGAUCACUCUGCGCAGAAUGCGAUGUUUCGACCGUCAACAAUUACCUCAUGAUCGGCUGGAGGAUCUGGAUCUCAACGACGGCGAAAAGGGUGGCAAUCCAGUUCAACUGAACACUGACAGAUCGUACCCGCCCGGUUGGGAAGACACUCUUAUUCUCACAAUGAAGGGCAUCGCUGCCGGCAUGCAGAAUACCGGAUAGAUGAGACAGUUUGCAUCUGAUUCGAACAUACUCGCCGGCGUCAUUGCCAUUUUGUGCAUGCUUUGUGUCUGACACCUGCCGGCAUAUGUAUUCUCACAGCCACGAAGGCUGCAGCACCGUGUGUUGUCAUCAGAUGACAGGUAUGGUUGUGAAUGCGCAAUGUCCAAACUGUUUUUUUUCCUUCAAUUUUUUUCGUUUUUUACCCAAUCCUACCUGUCCAGCAGGUAUGGUUGCAAAUGCGCAACGACGAAGACUGCUUAAUGCUGGUAUAUUUUAUUUAAGUCAAUGGACAAACACAAGCUGGAGUAAAGCAGAUGCAAUUCAGUCAGCAAUGAAGGUGGAAGGUUCAAAACCCAAAAGUGAAGUGAACCUCCUUUGCUCGCGUACGCACGUUUAAUGCCAUGCACUGUAGUUCUGCGCUUCGUCCGCCUCCUCCUCCUCAUACACAGAGAGAGCUCUGUGGCAGAAAGUCCAGUGCAACUGCAGAGUGCCGGUUCGACGCCGUGAAGAGUGAGACUUGGCUCUUGUGGCUGAGGGUGCCGUUUCAAUUCCGUGUGUGCAAGACGAGAAAGUGCGGGUUCAUAAUUACGGUGCGAACUGCCAAGUAUGCAAAGCAGGUGUGAAACGGCAGCACAGUACAGCAUGCUUCGGAGUUGUCCCCUCUCGUCUUUUGGAGUGCUCAGAUGCAGACAAUGAACCAUCUUUUCUUCUUCUUCUUCUUCGUCUUCUUCUUCUUCUUCUUCUUCUUCUUGGGUAUUUUAGAAGUGAAAAUCGUGGAGGUUUCAAUCAUCGUUGACCAGUUUCAUGGUUCUUUCCGUGUUGCUGUCAUGAAGGCAAAGGCCUGACUUCACUCACUCUCAGCAUGUACGGAUUCACGACUAAGUUCAAGAGCUGAUGACAAAUGUAGGCCAGGGGAAGGUCGGUGCUUAGGUCUGAAGGCUGAUGCUGACUUGUAAGUGUGCACUGUGCAGUGGCAGGUGCCACACAGUAGCACAGAACAGCGUAUUUUUUCAGGCCACCACUACGGCUCUACGCGCCGAGAGAGAAAGCGGGGAGAAAAAGGAAAGGGAUGAGUGCCAGUCAGAUUGUCUCAACUGACCAACUAAGAAAAGGCAGCCCUCCUCCGGACCAGUGCAGUUGCGUAAGGUAUUGGAGGUUAAGUUCUCACUCACUCACUCGCUUGCUCUCUCGCCCACUCUUGUUGAUCCUAUUUCUCACUGGCUUGUUUAUAAUUUGUGUAAACGUAUAUAAUUUAUAUCUCAUGCCACUCAUGGCCUUCAAUCUCCUCAGCCGGUGAAUCUUUCAGCACAAGGAGUAUUCUCACGCAAAGCGUCAGAACCAAG